AUGUAAACUAGAUUUAUUAAAAGAAGAUUCCUAAAACUCUAAAACUAAGAAAAAAUUGCGACUACCAAGAAAAUGUAAAAGCUUUUAAGUUUCACAAUCUCGACUAAAUUAAUUAAUUUAAUAAAAUAAAAUGAUGAAAAAUUGGGGGAAGUAUUGAAAAUCUUAGAAACAAUUUAAGAAAGAUGA